AUGUCUUCCCCCAGCAAGCGGAGAGAGAUGGACUUGAUGAAACUGAUGAUGAGUGAUUACAAGGUGGAGAUGAUUAAUGAUGGAAUGCAAGAAUUUUAUGUGCAAUUCCAUGGACCCAAUGACAGUCCUUAUCAUGGUGGUGUGUGGAAAGUGAGAGUUGAAUUGCCUGAUGCUUAUCCUUAUAAAUCUCCUUCCAUUGGCUUUGUCAACAAGAUCUAUCACCCAAAUGUUGAUGAGAUGUCAGGAUCAGUUUGUCUGGAUGUUAUCAAUCAAACCUGGAGUCCCAUGUUUGAUCUUGUUAAUGUGUUUGAGGUGUUUCUUCCACAACUUCUGCUGUAUCCAAAUCCAUCAGACCCCUUGAAUGGAGAAGCUGCAGCUUUAAUGAUGCGAGACCGAUCUGCUUAUGAGAUCAGGGUUAAAGAGUACUGUGAGAAGUAUGCUAAACCUGAAGACAUAGGGGAAGUCACAGAAGAGAAAUCCAGUGAUGAGGAGAUGAGUGAAGAUGAUUAUGAUUCUAAUGAUGAACAGGUUGUUGGUAAAGCAGACCCCUAG